UCCUGUGGAAAGGACCGGCCAAGCCUUCCUUUUCCUCUCGCCGCCGCUGUCUCUCGCUGUUAUUGCCGGCCAUAAAGAAAUUCCGUGUAUUUAAGAAGUUAAUGUCGGCGCUGGUAGGUGUGUGCUCGGUGACAUCAGCUGGCGAGCAGCCUGGCAGCAGCGCGGCGCAGGCAGGGAGCAGGCAGGGAGCCGAGGGUGUGUGCCUCUAAGCUGGGUAUUCUGGCAAGGUGGAGAGCUGGUCUGUUUGGCAGGACCUUCCCAUCUGGGAUCCAUCUGUGUUUCCCUGGAAUCGGACAGGCGGCUCCAGGCGGUGAGAAAUCGCAGAUGUGCGGGACCUGACACAUGUCCAGCUAAUGAAAGGAGAAGGCAGGCUGGGCUCCGGCUGCGCUGGAAGAUCUCGAGCGGAGGAGGAGGAAGAGCGCUUUUAUUUAUAUUUCAAAGAAACUAGGUGUAUUCAACAGCAGCUGGAUCGUCGCAACCUCCCUGUUUAGGUUGCUGGUGAGAAGAGGGUGCCAGUGAUGCCUGGAUCGCCCGUGGAAGUGAAGAUCCAGUCCAGGUCCUCUCCUCCCAACAUGCCGCCGCUGCCCCCCGUGAAUCCCGGCGGCCCCCGCCCGGUGUCCUUCACCCCGACUGCACUGCCCAACGGAAUAAACCAUUCCCCCCCGACGCUGAAUGGGGCACCAUCCCCACCCCAGCGCUUCAGCAACGGUCCUUCCUCCUCCUCCUCCUCCUCACUGACGAACCAGCAGCUCCCGGCCACGUGCGGCGCUCGGCAGCUCAGCAAGCUGAAGCGUUUCCUCACUACCCUCCAGCAGUUCGGCAACGACAUCUCACCGGAGAUCGGGGAGAAGGUCCGGACCCUUGUCCUGGCGUUGGUGAACUCAACGGUGACAAUCGAGGAAUUUCACUGCAAGCUGCAAGAGGCGACGAACUUCCCCCUCCGGCCAUUUGUGAUCCCCUUUCUGAAGGCCAACCUCCCGCUGCUGCAGAGAGAGCUGCUGCACUGCGCCCGGGCUGCCAAGCAGACGCCCUCCCAGUACCUGGCGCAGCACGAGCACAUCCUGCUGAACACAAACACCACGUCCCCUGCCGACUCCUCCGAGCUGCUGAUCGAGGUGAACGGGAAUGGGAAGAGGCACAGUCCGGACAGAAGGGAAGACAACAGCUUUGAGAGGGAGCCACUGCCGACGGAGCCUCCGGCCAAGAGAGUGUGCACCAUCAGCCCCGCGCCCCGGCACAGCCCUGCCCUGACCAUCCCGCUGAUGAACCCCGGGGGGCAGUUCCACCCCACCCCGCCGCCCCUCCAGCACUACACCUUGGAAGAUAUCGCCACCUCCCACCUCUACAGGGAUCCCAGCAAGAUGUUGGAGCACAGAGAGAUUCGGGACAGGCACGGUGGUCUUGGUUUGAAUGGAGGAUACCAGGACGAGCUGGUGGACCACCGCUUAACGGAGAGAGAGUGGGCUGACGAGUGGAAGCAUCUUGAUCACGCGCUGAACUGCAUCAUGGAGAUGGUGGAGAAGACCCGGCGCUCGAUGGCGGUGCUGCGGCGCUGCCAGGAGGCCGAUCGGGAAGAGCUCAACUACUGGAAGAGGCGAUGCAGCGAGACGGCGGAGCCGCGGAAGGCGGGCAGCGAGCUCAUCUCCCGGCAGCACAGCCCCAGCAGCUCCGACUCCAUCGGCAGCGAUUCGUUGCGGGAGUUCAGCAGCAGGUCAGGAACGGGCUACGUCACCGAAGAGAUAUGGAAAAAAGCUGAAGAAGCCGUGAACGAGGUGAAGCGCCAGGCCAUGUCGGAGGUGCAGAAGGCGGUGGCGGAGGCCGAGCAGAAGGCGUUUGAGAUGAUUGCCUCCGAGAGGGCUCGGAUGGAGCAGACCAUCGCGGAUGCCAAGCGCCAGGCCACCGAGGAUGCCUUCUUAGUGAUAAACGAACAGGAGGAGUCCACAGAGAGUUGCUGGAACUGCGGUCGCAAAGCCAGCGAGACCUGCAGCGGCUGCAACAUCGCCCGGUACUGCGGCUCCUUCUGCCAGCACAAGGACUGGGAGAGGCACCACCGGAUCUGCGGCCAAGGCCUGCACGGCCAGAGCAAGCCGCUGGCUCUGCCCACGGGCCGAGCGGCCGCCAAGAGCCUGGAUGGCGUCCCCAGCCCGGCCCUGGAGAAGACCUCGGCGACCACCUCCCGGUCCUCCACCCCGGCAUCCGUGACAGCAAUAGAAACGAACGGACUCUGAAGGGGAAGUUUUGGUUCGCUCCAUUUAAUUAGUUUCCCUGGGUUCUUUUUAAGCUGAAAAAAGAAAGCCCCACAGCGACUUGUAUCACUUGACACAUUUGACCCAUCGUGCCGCCUCCUCGGAGCACCGACACUUGGGCUUUGCCAUCUCAUUCUGCCUUUUUCCUUUCGUGGCUCAUGAAGAACUGGUGCUGGCCAUGCCUGCGUGCCCGUCUCUCUGCCGGGCUACCGGAGCAGCAUUCGGGACCUGGAGGAAGCCGGGCACUCGCUUGGGGGGACCUGGACUCAGUGGAGAGCACACACAGGAGAUGCUGAGCGCCGUCAUCAUGGGUCAAACAUGCUCAGGCUCCUUUCCUGAAGUCUCCAAGCCGCCUCCUCUUUCAGCCAUGUUUCUUCCAUAAUAUGCAUCUAUUUUUCCCCUUGCUCCCAGACAGCGCUGUCUCCCGCGGCCGUGCUGGUGGCCCAUUGUUGCUGUGAACAGACCGGAGCCGAUGUCCCAGCUGGAGCAUCUUGUCCUCUAGUGCAAUGGCAGAAGCCAAGCUCCCUUCUCCCACCUGCAGGUUGGCAGCUGGUGGUUGCAGAGAGGGAGGAGAGGAGUCGUCUGCUCUAAACCAAAUGUCAGUAGCAGGGAGGUACGGACGGUCCCUUCUGCGUGGUCUGGUUUUAAUCCCCUUCUGUGACGGGACAGACAGUUACGUGUUACCCUGGGUGGGAGCUUUGCUGGGGGAAAGCGUGCAGAGCAAAUCUGGAUGGGUGGCGGGCGGUUAUUGCCCUUUCCACCUGGGUGCCGUUAGUUUGCUAUGCAGAAAGUGGUGGGGUUUUUUUCGCUGCAUGGAAGUGGUUGGUUUGAGAGUUACUGCCGUUGUUUUUAACCACAGAGAUCCUCACGCGAUUGCGAUGGGUUAUUUAUAGGCUGUUUUCCCCACGCGCAUUGGCCAAACUACUAAAAUAAACGCAGGACUUGGUGUCCAACAUCGAUUCUUGCCCCCAGCCCCGGGGGGCUCCUGCGGUGCUGCUCUGACGCCGUCUGCGCUCCCCCUCCCCAGCGAUGCCCAGGGACGCGCAGCCACCACCGCCUCAUCCCACCAUCGGAAACCAUCCCAAAAACACAGGCUGGGAGGGUGAGGUCGCGUGGGGAUGCCGUGGUCGGCCCGGAGACAUCCACAGCCCGGAGAGUCCGCGCUGUGGCCGGGAAGGAGGGAUUCAGGGCAGCGCAGACCCCGUCAUCGACACCCACCACGCGCCCUGGGGAGCCGCACCGAUCUCCCGCGCUGCUCGGGAAAAGCAGCUAUUCAGCAAAGCCGCGUGGCCCUGACUGGUGUUGUGCGAUCGCUGGGCUGGCGCCCAAUGAGGCGAGUAAUUCCCAAAUUAUUUUUGAUCACUUUUUCAAUUGGAGGCAUAUAAUAGAGAUGUAAUGAAUCGUCACUGAGGCUGCAGCGCUGGCUGCCCGGGGAUAAACGAGCCACCCGCUGAACCAGAUUUAUCCCUUAGGGAGAGCUGUUUGGGAACCUGCUGUCGUGGGAUGGAGCGGGUGGUUCCCGUGUCUGCCAUGGGAUGGAGCGGGUGGUUCCCGUGUCUGCCAGGUUCUGUUACGCAAAAAAAGCCACAAAGUCACCUGGUUCAAGACGGCUCUGGAGUGUCCCCCAGGAGACGGCGCUGGGGCAGAGCCCUUGGCAGGGACAGGGCUCGGGGGAGCCGAGCACGCCGUGGGAUUGGGGCCGCCCCGAUGCGGAGCGACGCUCGAGCCACCCUGACCUGCAGCAGCAGCGAGGCCACGGCAGCCCAGGGAGGGUGUCACCAGCCUGGGGGUGUUCACCCGGGAGAGACGGAGGCGGCUGCGUGACCCCAAACUGCGGCAGCCCCAGCACAAAGGGGCUGAGGGGCAUCUCUGGCUGAGUCUGUAGCAUGGAGGAGGAGGAGGAGGAGGAGGAGGAUGCGGUAUGGAGCAGCCAAAGGUGUUGGGCUGGCGAGAGCACCAGGGCCCAGGGGGCUGCCCUGGCACCCCCCUCCCCUCCCGGGAGGGUGGAGGCUGUUCCUGCCCUAAGGGGACACGGUGCAAAUUGGGAGCAGCCUCAGGUGAAUUAACGCCGGUGGCGACGUCCCACCAGCUGCCCCGAGGUGGGAUACGGGACGAAGAGCAGGGCAGGGGCCAGGAGAAAUUGCUUGUAAAUAGAUUGUCUUCCAUAAUUCUCAUGCAACUUUGAUGGCCGUGUAUUAAAAUUAACCCCAGUGUAAAUGAAUGAAAUACUAACAGUCAUGAUUAGAACAAUUGCUUCUUUUUUUUUUUUAACAUGGAAUGAUAAAUGUGAAAUUCAGACAUGGGAAGACGUUGGGUUGAGGUUUCUAUUUUUUUUGACAUUGAAUUCUGUAAUAGAAAUUUGUUACUUCAUUCCUGUGCAUAACUUAUUUAAUGUACUGUAUAAAGGAACCCAAACUGUUACAGAUGUAUUUAGUUUGUUCUACUCGAAAAGUAGUCAAUAAAAG